CGUCCAUCUAGUAUACCCUCGUUGUAUUUCUCCGUCUGAGUACAGUCGCGUCGUCUUCCCUUUCUUGCCCCUCUACCGCUUCGGACUCCUCACAUCACAACCAUGGCUCCCAGAGUAAUUGUCGUUGGUGGCGGCCUUUCUGGUCUGUCAGCCGCUCACACUAUCUACCUUGCCGGUGGCAACGUAGUAGUUCUCGACAAGCAGGGCUUCUUUGGUGGUAACUCGACCAAGGCCACCUCCGGCAUCAACGGUGCCUUGACCCGCACCCAGGUCGACCACAACAUCCGCGACUCCGUCAAGCAGUUCUACGAUGACACCCUCAAGUCUGCUCGUGAGCAGGCUCGUCCCGACCUCAUCAAGGUCCUCACAUACAAGUCCGCUGCUGCCGUUGAGUGGCUUCAGGACGUGUUCAACCUUGACCUGACACUGGUCUCCCGACUUGGUGGUCACUCCCAGCCCCGAACCCACCGAGGCCACGAUGCCAAAUUCCCCGGCAUGGCCAUCACCUACGCUCUGAUGCAGCGCAUUGAGGAGCUUGCCGAGGCCGAACCCCACCGUGUCGAGAUCAUCAAGAAGGCCCGCGUCACCAGCUUGAACAAGGAGGGCAACACCGUCACUGGUGUCACUUAUGAGGUCAACGGCGAGACCGCCUCUUUGGACGGCCCCGUCAUCCUCGCUACUGGCGGUUACGCCGCUGAUUUCGGCGAGGGCUCUCUGCUCAAGAAGCACCGCCCCGAGAUCUUUGGCCUUGCCACCACCAACGGCACACACGCCACUGGUGACGGCCAGAAGAUGAUCAUGGCCAUUGGCGGUAACGGCAUUGACAUGGACAAGGUCCAGGUCCACCCUACUGGUCUGGUCGACCCCAAGGACCCUGGCAACAAGUGGAAGUUCUUGGCCGCCGAGGCCCUGCGUGGUGAGGGCGGUCUCCUUCUCAACGCCGAUGGUGACCGAUUCUGCGAUGAGCUCGGCCACCGUGAUUACGUCUCUGGCAUGAUGUGGAAGGAGAAGGACAAGAACAAGUUCCCCAUCCGCCUCAUCCUCAACUCCAAGGCCUCCAACGUCCUGGACUUCCACACCCGCCACUACUCUGGCCGUGGCCUCAUGAAGAAGAUCACCGGCCAGCAGCUUGCCAAGGAGAUUGGUUGCACUCCUGACCACCUCCAGAAGACCUUCCAGACAUACAACGCCAUUGCCGAGGGCAAGCAGAAGGACCCCUGGGGCAAGAAGUUCUUCCACAACCUGCCCCUUGACAUCAACGACGACUUCCACGUCGCUCUCAUGGAGCCCGUCCUCCACUUCACCAUGGGUGGUGUCGAGAUCAACGACCGCGCCCAGGUCCUCAACCAGGAGCAGAAGCCCUUUGACGGUCUCUUCGCCUGUGGUGAGUUAGCUGGUGGUGUCCACGGCGCCAACCGUCUCGGUGGCUCAUCGCUGCUUGGCUGUGUCGUCUACGGCCGUGUUGCCGGUGACAGUGCCAGCAACUAUCUCUUCCAGCACGCCCUGCAGGGCACCGCUGGCGCCGCUCAGCGUCUGGGCCAGAUUUCUCUGCACCUUGAUCCCUCUGCUCCCGGCAAGCUGACCGUCGAGUGGGCCAACGGCGGUGUUGCUGGCUCAGCCCCCGCUCAGGUUGCCGACAAGCCUGCCGCUGCCGCUGCCGCUCCCAAGGAGGCUUCCAAGCCCAAGGCUUUCUCUAUCCCCGAGACUGAGUACACCAUGGAGGAGGUUGCCAAGCACAACACCCGGGAAGAUCUGUGGGUUGUCGUCAAGGGUGUUGUCAUGGACCUGACCAACUGGGUUGAGGAGCACCCCGGCGGUGUCAACGCCAUCUUGAACUUCAUGGGCCGUGAUGCCACCGAGGAGUUUGCCAUGCUGCACGACGACGAGGUCAUCCCCAAGUACGCCCCUAGCCAGGUCAUUGGCCGCGUCAAGGGACAGAAGGUCACCCUCGAGUACUAGAGAAAAAAGAAACUCAAAACGAACGAAAUGUAAUGUCAUGUAUAAAAACAUAGGCCCCCGAGCUGAAAGAUAAUGGGGAAAAGAGAUGGAACGAAUGAUGGCAUCUACGGGAAGCAGGAGAUGCGUAUACCACCAUUAUGACGAUUGUGAGGACGGAGCCUCAGAAUAUGUUUUGCUCUCACAACGAUGAGCUGUUAGAUUGUCUUUUUACAGGCGCACUGGGCUCGGGUGUUUGAUAUGUGGUUUUAUGUAAUGUACGGAUAGCUAUAGUUGCAUAUAAAUCAAUUUUUGAUCAAGU